AAAGGCCACCGUACAGUUGUGGUCGAUUUCUUCAUAUGUGUAUACUUAAUUUCAGUGCACCGGUUGAUUUAUUUAUCAAUUUCUAUAUUGUUACAGUAUAAAUAAUUGACCUGUUCGGAGCACUGUAAAGGUACUAUAAUCAAAAAUGGAAGAAGUGACAUCAAAUGUUAACAUAAAAUACACGACACUAACAGAUAAAUCUGGUAAUGAUUUUAAUGCUGUAGAGGUAGAUGGUAUUCCCAUGGUCAUAUUUCCCGAUGAAUUAAAGAAUGCCACACAUGAAGAACAUCUUAAAAAAGUAAAAGAGAUGAAAAUGCGAGAUGAUGACGUCAUUAUAUGUGCAUAUCCUAAAGCAGGAACUCAUUGGCUUUGGGAAGUAAUUCAUAUGCUGAACAGCCAGUCGACAAAUUAUAAAACUGACUGUAAAGAACAACAAAUGUUAGAGGCUACAGAUCUAGCUGUAAUAGACCGAGAGAAAUCACCACGGGUUCUUAAUUCACACUUCUGGCUACGACAUUUACCAAAACAAAUGUUUGAAAAGAAAACAAAAAUAGUUUCAAUCACAAGAAAUCCUAAAGACACGGCGGUAUCAUGGUUCUGUCAUCUCAGCUCGAUGGAACUACAUGGGAGACUUCAAAGCAGUUUUAAAGAUUUCAUAGAUAUGUUUUUAUUCAGAUCAGUGCCUUUUGGAUCAUGGUUUGAUUAUGUGCUGGAAUGGGAUAAGUUUUGUAAUACAAGUAAUCACCCAGUUUACAGGCUUACAUAUGAAGACAUGCAAGAGAAUCCUGUAGAGCAUGUAAAAAGUUUGGCAAAAUUCCUAGAAACUGAUGCCUCUGAUGAAUUAUGUGAAGCUAUAGUAGAUGCCUGUUCCUUUAAGAAACUUAAAAAAGCGGAUACAGAUCAAAAGAUUGAUAAAUUGGGUUUACAAUGGAAAGAAGGGGCAUCUAUGUAUAGGAAAGGUAAAGUUGGUGAUUGGAAGAACUGGUUCACUGUAGCGGAAAGUGAAGUUUUUGAUCAAGUGACAGAUGAGCGAAUGAAAGAUUGUCAAGUGAAAUUGAAAUAUUCUUUAUAAACGAACAUGCAAAUACGUUUCAUUUUACCGUUAUAUAGUCUAAUUAUAUUUCAAUUGUUCGACGAGUCACGCCAUGAACAACUAAAUGUAUAGAAGUAAAGAUAGUUAUAACAAUAAGACCUAUUAGAAAAUCAGUUUUCCGGAUUCGAUGUUUAUAACGAUACAAACUAGUUCGUGAAUUGAAAAUAAUGUGCCAAAUCAUAUUUCAUGCCUUAAAAAUUGGCAGAUUUUUUUUUUUUUUACAAAAUUCAAUCUGAAAAUCUCCGAUGUAACUGCAGACCCAGACCAGACAUUAUUUUUACGAGCCAAUGAUUACCUAGAGUGCUUUUUAAAUCUAAUGAUAAAAUAAAAAUAAAUGUAUGACUGAAUAAAAUAUUUUACCAA